AUGGUGCUUCUGGCCGUGGGCACUAGUACUUUCCAGAAUGGCUUUCGAGUCAUCUCCCAGGUUGCUGUGGUACAAGGCACUGGCCUUGACGGAGGCCGCACGUGCCCAACCGGACCCGCUCCUCUCGCAGCCUCCACGCUGUCACCUGGGCCCAUGAAGGCCGCUGGGGCUCUCGGGCUGCCGGUUCUCCAGCGCCGUCAGGUCACGGCCCUCGUCCUCUGCAUGCCCCUCACCCUUGGGGCUCAGCAUCUGCAGAAGCUCAGGAGCCCUCGCACAGGACCUGCAUGGGGUCGCCAGCCGCCUCCUCCGACAGCCGGGUCUUCGGAGACUCCCCGGGGGGAAGGGCUCUGUCCCAACAGCCACACUCGAGCCCCCACAGAACAAGGCCUUACUCUAGAAGGCCGUGACACUUCUCUCAUUUCCUCACAGAUCACAGCCCUGCAGAUAGUGACUAUGGAAAAUGACUCUUCAGUGAUGGAGUUCAUCCUGGUAGGACUUACAGAUCAAUCUCAGCUCCAGUUACCCCUUUUCUUUCUCUUCUUACUGAACUGUGUGGUCACUGUGGUAGGGAAUUUGAGCUUAAUUAAUCUAAUUUGUCUGAAUUCUCAUUUGCACACUCCCAUGUACUUUUUCAUCUUCAACUUAUCCUUCAUAGAUCUCUGCCACUCUUUGGUAAUCACACCUAAAAUGCUGAUGAACUUUGUGUCAGAAAAAAAUAUCAUCUCCUUUACAGAAUGCAUGACUCAGCUGUUUUUUUUCUGUUUCUUUGUCCAUUCUGAGAGCUAUGUGUUGACAGCCAUGGCCUAUGAUCGCUAUGUGGCCAUCUGUAAACCCCUGCUGUACACAGUCACCAUGUCCCCUCAGUUCUGUUCUCUUCUGAUGUCUGGUUCAUAUGUGAUGGGGUUUGCUGGUGCUAUGGUCCACACAGGGGACAUGGUCAGAUUGUCCUUUUGUGAUUCCAACAUCAUCAGCCAUUACAUGUGUGACAUCUUCCCCCUCCUCCAGCUCUCCUGCAGCAGCACCUACGCCAGUGAGCUGGUGACAUCUGUUAUUGUGGGCACAGUUGUCAUUGUAUCCAGCCUCAUUAUUUGCAUUUCUUAUGCUUUGAUCCUGUUCAGUGUCCUCCACGUCUCAUCAGCUCAGGGUUGGUCCAAAGCCUUCAGCACCUGUGGCUCCCACAUAGUAACUGUUGGCCUAUUCUAUGGAUCUGGGUUGUUCACACAUCUCAAGACCUCUCCUGCUGGUUCUAUGGGCCAGGUGAAGUUCUUCUCAGUAUUUUACACCAAUGUAGUACCCAUGUUGAACCCUCUUAUCUAUAGUCUAAGGAACAAGGAUGUCAAGUGUGCUCUGGAAAAAACCCUGAAGAGAAUUGCACAUUAA